AGCUCUACUUUCGCACCCGGCGCCUGCUCGACGGCUUCGCACAUCGGUCUGGAGGAGAGCGGGGCGAAGUACGAUUCGCAGGCUUUGUCCUUCGCCAAGAGCGAGCAGCGCACGCUGGAAUACCUGAAGGUCAAUCCGCGCGGCCGCGUGCCGGCGCUGGUGGUCGACGAGGGCACGAUCGUCGAGAACACCGCGAUUCCUCGACUACGUCGCGGCGACGUACGCGCCCCACCUGAUGCCGACGGAUCCGGUGAAGCGCGCCCGCGCCAUCUCGCUGAUGGCCUGGUUCUCCAACGGCGUGCAUCCGAACUUCACCCAUAUCGGGCGUCCCGAGCGCUUCGCCACCGAUACCGCCGUGUUCGAUCAUCUCAAGGCGGUCGGUCGGGAGAACUUCCACGCCAACCUCAAGGAGAUCGACGGUCUCCUUGCGGGCAAGACGUGGAUCCUGGGCGACGAAUUCUCCGUGGUCGACGGCUACGCGCUGGUCUUCUACGGCUGGGGCAAGCGCAUCGGCCUGCCGGUCGAGGAGCUGAAGAACUACACGGCAUGGAAGGAUCGCAUGCUGGCGCGGCCGGCCGUGAAGCGCGUCCUCGAGCGCGAGCAGAGCGUCUUGCUGGCCGCCUGACACCCCCUGUCGGAUCGUUCUCGGCAUCGCGGCGCAGGGGAAGGCGUGAACUCGGCAGAUGCGACCCUUGCGCUUUAUCUGAAGCAUCGCGGCUCUUUGGUGAACUACGCCAACGGCAUCCUCCGGGACCGCGCGGGCGCGGAAGAUGUCGUGCAGGAGGCCUAUCUCCGGUUCAGCUCCGCCAGCGGCGACCAGAGGCCGAUCGCCAGCCCUGUCAGUUACCUCUACCGCAUCGUUCGCAACCUCGCGCUCGACUGGUCGAAACGCGCCUCCGACAUGACUCCGACGGGGGAGGUGCCGGCGGUCGAACAGGUUGCCCAGGACGCGCCCACGGCAGAGGACGUCCUGCAUUAUCGCGACGAACUCCGUCUCCUCGCCGAUGCGCUUGCCGAGUUGCCGGAACGGACGCGUGUCGCCUUCACGAUGUAUCGGCUGGAGGGCCGAACGCUCCAGCAGAUGCCGGAGCCCGUGCAGGGCUGGAUGCGUGGCUUGCGUCGAGCGACGCACACCGUCGCGCUUAUCGCAGCGUCGAGCGGGUCUGGACGCUCACGGGCGAGUUGCCGUCGGCCACGCCGGCUUCAGCCGGGGGGAUUGUCGAUCUGUCCCGUGUCCGUCGCAAGCGGCGCACCUGGGCGCUGGCGGCGGCAGUCCUCGCGGCCUGUGUCGCGCUCUGGACCUUUCCCAGCCUCAAACUUCGCCUCCAGGCCGAUCAUCUGACCGGCGUCGCCGAGCUGCGCGAACUGACGCUCGAGGACGGCAGCAUCGUUCACCUGGACGCCGAUAGCGCCAUCGCGGUGCGCUACGACAAAGGGCGGCGCGAAGUCGCGCUGCUGGCGGGCCAGGCAUUCUUCAAGGUCGUAUCCGCGCACGACCGUCCGUUCGUGGUGACGGCGGGCAACGUGGCGGUCACCGUCAAGGGCACGGCCUUCGAUGUCGGAUCGUCUCGUGACGGGGUGUCGGUUGCCGUCCAGUCGGGAACCGUCGAGCAAAGAUUGCUUCAAAAUUCGCGCAGUAUUCACGCCAUUACGCAAUGCAGCCCGGUCAAUGCACAGCUUGUUUGCUUUUUAGAUGAGGCUCUUCGUCGCAGAUUUGAACAGAGGAUUUACAUCCCACUUCCCGAUAAACCAGCACGACUGUCGCUUUUGUGCUCUUCGUUGAAAGAGGUCCGCAUAGCAGAUGAUGUUGAUCUCGAGACAUUCGCCGAACAGCUGGAAGGAUACUCUGGCGCUGACAUAACAAACGUCUGCAGAAAAGCAGCGCUGAUGGGUGUAAAGAGGUUAACUCGAAUGAUGUCACCAGCCGAGAUAGCUAAGCUAUCUCGAGAAGAAGUUGAUCUUCCCAUCACAUGGCAAGACCUUCAGGAGGCCUUCAACGAUACAAAUCCAUCUGUAUCUGAUGUAAGUAGAGCAUUGAUCAGUGUCGUGUAG